AUGUAUAACCUCACCCUAAGCUUUUCUUAAUUUGGUAUUUAAAAGACUCCCUUUUAAUUAUAUGAUUGUUAAAAUGAGAGUCUAAAAACAAAAAAUUUGUAAAGAGAUAAAUAACCAAUUCAUCUUGUCACAAUAAAAAUUAGAUAAUUGUUAUAGUUCACUGAAAUGAUUUCUGUGAUUCCUAGAAUUCUGACUCAGCCAAAUAAAGGUAUCUGAAUGUGUUAAACGUAGCUGUUUAUAAUGAUGGAUUAGAUAAUGAAAAUUAUGAUUUAAUUGUAAGAUUGGAUGAUUAGAUAGUAAAUCAAAAGGCAUAAAAUAUAUAUAUUGCUAAAGAAUUAUUAGGUGUUGGAACAUUCGGGAGUGUUUAUAGAUGUGUAAAAGAUAAUUCAAAUUUUGCAAUAAAAAUUAUAAAAAAUAUAAAUGCAUACAAUUUGCAAGCAAUGAAAGAAAUUAAAUUGAUUAGAUUGCUAAAUAAAAAAAAAGAGCAUGAAUGCAUAAUUAAGUUGAUUGAUUAUUUUCUUUUUAAAAAUCAUGUUUGCAUAGUUUUUCCAUUAUUGGGAUUUAAUUUAGAAGAAUUAUUAUAAGAAACUAAAUAUCAAGGUCUUUCAUUGUACAUGAUUAAAAAUAUUUUAAAAUAAUUAAUAUCAGGAUUAGAAUUUUUGCACUAACUAAAUUGGGUCCAUUGUGAUAUCAAACCAGAAAAUAUUUUAUUCACUGAGUAAGUUUUAAAAAGUAUAUUAGUUACAAAGCAAAAUAAAUAUAAAUAAUUGAUUUUGGAUCUGCUUCUGAAGUAAAUGUCAAUUUAUAUUAUUACAUAUAAAGUUUAUAUUAUAGAGCACCUGAAGUAUUUAAAAAUAUAUAUACCAGAUAAUUCUAGGUUAUAAAAAAACAUGUGCAAUAGAUAUGUGGUCAGUAGGAUGUGUAGCAGCACAGUUGUAUUUAGGAUAUCCUUUAUUCUAAGGAACUUCAUCUUUUGACCAACUUUAGAAAAUUCUUGGAUUAAUUUCUAUGUAAUUUAUAAUUUAUCACUAAAAUUAGCAACAACUAAGAACUCAUCUCAAAUAGUCCAAAAUGUAAUGAAUAUUUUAUGAAGGAUAAUUAAAAUUAUGUUAUCAAAAAUUUGAAAAUUUACUAGAAUGAAUUUAAUUUGAAUCUACCUGACCCUGGAAUAUAAAAUAUAACUAAAAUUUAAGAGUUGUAUUUGGAAUUCAAUAAAUCAAGUUUAAGAACAAUCCAAGGUUCAAAUUGGUAAGAAACUUAUAAUUAGAGAUGGCCACUAUGGAAGACUUCGUAGAUUUACUAAAGAAGUUGCUAGAAUUUGAUCCAACUGAACGUAUCACCGCUAGCCAAAGUUUGCAACAUCCAUUUUUAAGAGACUUUUAAUUUAAUAUUAAUGACAUUCUUAAGUAGGACUUCUAAUAUCAAUGAUAAAUAGAUAAACUAUAAGUGUUGUGUGAC